UGUGGUUAUAGGGCUAUACUUGGACCAUUGAAUUGCAUCAAGCUUGCUACAGAUCGUGCCAACUCUUGUUGCGCAAAAAGUUUAAAAACAGGCGUCCAUCAUGUCGGUACAAGGUCCUAGACAAAUACCGCGCACAUUCAAAAGUGAGCCCAAGUUGACCCCUCCCAUAAGAGAGGUUGGGAGAAAGAAAAAGCCUACAUUGUCCUUGGAUACGGCGACGAAACGGUUUAGAGACGUGGUACCCAAACAAAAGGGUACGAAAACUGAGGAUAAACUAGCGCGGGAUGUGGUCAAAAGUCAUGAGGACCUUGUCAAGAUGACAGUUGUGGAGGAAUCAUACCGAUCUCCGCUGCCUCUACCACCUGUCCCGACAGAUCCGCAUCCGACACUCGUGAGCGUGGAGGAUGUUCAAGAACGGCUACUUGAUUGCACUGUUGCAGCGCAUGCUGCGGGGAAACGAAUCAGCGAAGCAGGAAAGUUAGGCCGGGUGGUUCAAGACAUUGCCGAUGCCUUUAUGGCCCGUAAGGCAGAUCUCAUCCAACACAUUCGGACGUCCAAAGCGCCAUCACUAGCUUCCCCGAGUACAGCAACAACUACAAAGCCUCUCACUCCUGUCACGCCGAACACAAUACCUCUAACCCAGUCCCUCACCACUCUGCACAAAUCUGUGUGUGCCCUCACGUACCAGCUGCACUACUACAAAACACAUACGCUGCCACUACCAGGGACGAAAAAGCGGAAACUGUUCCUCCUUUAUAUAGACAUGUGUGAAGCUUGGAGGGAUUUGAUGAUACAAUUGACACUGUCUAUCGCACAAAACAGCUCCGACGCCGCAUCAAGCGCAACGGGGAAUGUGGCAAAGCUGGCUGUUGCGACGGGUGCACCGGAUUGGCAAGAUCUGACAAUUGAUGACGCACAAAAGCUGUUCUUGCAAGGCGACAAGUACCUUUUAGGAUUUGGUGUGCUAAGAUCAUACGAUAUCGCUUUUAAGCGGUAUAUGGCUGCAGCAAAAUUUGGUCUACCAGAAGCGAUCAACAUGCUCGGACUGAUGUUUGAGCACGGGCUGGGGCGACCAAAGGAUAUGGCUGCAGCCAUUAAAUGGUAUCAACAAUCCGCCAAUAAGGCUCACCCAGAAUCCCUUGCCAACAUGGCCCGCAUCCACGAGACCGGAAAAGGUGUCCCAACAGACCCGAAAACCGCCUAUGAGCUAUAUCUCCUUGCGGCUGAGGCAGGGCACUUGGACGCCAUGUGUUCGCUAGGAAAUCUUCUCGAAACAGGGUCGGGAUGUACCAAAAACGCGGCGGAGGCUGUGAGAUGGUAUCGAGUCGCAGCAGAGCAGGAUUGUCCUCGUGCACAAAAUGCCCUUGGAAGCGCCUAUUACCGGGGUAUUGGGGUAGCGAAAGACUACGGGGAAGCGGUGGUGUGGUAUCGGCGUGCCGCAGAAUGCGGGGAUCCAAAUGCACACAAUAAUUUGGGUAUAUGUUAUGAGGAGGGACUUGGGGUUGCAAAGGAUGUGGUAAUGGCAAAGACACUAUACAAGCUAGCGGCGGAAGCUCGACAUCCAAGCGGAGUAAACAAUCUAGGUUAUCUGUGCAUGACCGAGAACAAUUUCAUGGAGGCCAUACGAUUAUUCCAUUUAGCGUUAUCAUUGGGAAGUGUUGAUGCUGCCUACAACCUGGGAAUACUGUAUGAGACAGGAUGCCGAGACGGUGAAGGGGCUGUGCUCAACCCAGACUGGGAGAUGGCUUCUCGAUACUACAAGGAGGCGGCUGAUAAAAACUCCAUUAAAGCUCAACUUCGCCUCGCCAACCUCUUAACUACCGCCCCACCCCCACUUCAAAGCUACACUAAGGCCGUUCACUACUUAACCAUCGCCGCAACAAGCACACACGAGGGCAACCCAGAGGCUCAAAAUAUGCUCGGAGAAAUGGUAGAACUUGGUCUCGGAACCGCAGAGAGCGGUCCGGAUCAUGCCACUGCCGCAAAAUGGUACCGGCGCGCAAUGCGCCAGGGACAUGCAAGAGCAACUUUUAAUUUGGCAGCAUUGUUCGAGGCCGGUGUUGGUGUUGGACGGGAUGUAGAAAAGGCUCUUCGCUUAUAUGAGGAGGCUGAAUUGCGCGGAAGUCCUCAUGCCAGAGAGCGCAUCCAAGCGCUUAAGGAGCUUGGAUUGGUGCAUCAAUAACAAUUAGGCAAUUGGGUUCAGAGGACGUCAUGUAGUGUUUCUUUCAUUUGUGCGUUGUGUUUACUCUGGUUCUUUUUACUGUUUAAUAAACAAUCAUACGUUUGCCGUCCUCCGGAUGUGAGAUCAA